GUGGUGUGUCCCCCGCAGCUCGUUUCCCCAGCCGUCCUGUAUUCCAGAAGGCCGGCAUCUUCAAUGUGGGCACCCGGCUGUGAUAGCUUGUGGCUUCACAGCCAGGUACCCACUGCGCAUGCGCGAGUAGCCCUGCGCUUUGUGAAUGGUCCUGUAGUUUUCUGGGACUUGUCAUGUGUCCCAAAAGACUACAGGGAGGGAGGGAGGACACCUUCCGCUUCCGAUCGCCUAGGCCAGGGUGGGAACGGGUACCUUCCAAAUUUGGGUACCUGCUCCCCAUAGGUGCCAAUCCUUAAUGGGGAGCGAGGGAGCAGUCCUUAAAGCGGAAAUUCCCCUUUUGGGUGGAGCUCUGCUUUAA